AUGACAACUUGCAUCGUCAUCAGCGUCAUCAUCAUCGUCGUCCUGGCACUCUGCUGUGUCAUGUUCAACUACAUUAAAAGAAAACAUCUCCAACGUUCCCGAGAGAGUCAGGCCAAAGAGGCAGCAGAUGAAAUUUAUGAUUCCUACGGCGAGUUCUGUUUCCAACAUCCUCCCAGGAUUUUCGAAGAUCGGGAACUGGAUCCCAGCGAGAUUGAACGACCUCCUAUACCGACACAAGUUGAUCCUGUCGAGCCAGUUCAGCGAACUGCCACACAAGCGCAAUAUCAAUCGACAAACUUUCUCGUAAAAAAUAUAAACUCGCAGCCGUUGGAAGUAAAUUUAACAAAUCCUCUUCCGAAACCGAAGUCGUUGAAUGAUUUGUUGGAGCCACUGGGUGACUGCUCACAAUAUUCAGGUGUGGUUCGUCAUGACUGUGGCUGUGUGACGCUACAGAAGGGGCACCAGCAUCCACAUCAGCAUCCACACCAACAUCCACACCAGCAUCCACCCCAACAUCAGCACCCACAUCCCGAUCCUCCUCUUCAUGCCCAUCCUCAAACUUACUCCCACCCGUUGUCUCCUAUAAACUUCACCUACCAAGAUUCACCGAUCCCUCCAACUGGCUACCAUCAUCCUCAACCGGAAUUUUUCUCCAAGACCCUUCAAAACCCUCGAAAGCACAGCACCCCAUCGAAAACUCACAAGCAAAUUAGUAUGAACAACGUUGAAUCGUACGGACUCAGUCCCAUUCCAGGACCAAAUCAUUUCAAUUUUAUGACCAUUCAAGCAAAUCGCUUCCAAAAACCGAUGCUUCAAAAUAUCAAUUUUUAUCCGGAACACUUUGAAGGAACCCCACCUGUAGUAAACUACCCACUACAGAGUCUGCCAUUCUCGCCAUCACAUCACCAUCAUCAUCCUCUUCCUCACCAUCAUGGCGCCUACUUUCUUCCUUAUCAUCACCCACAACGAAUGCAGUUCAGCCAUCAGCAUUCUCGCUCCAAGGCAGCACACGGUUCCACGAAUAUCGAUUCGAGAUCGGUCGGUUUGUAUUCGACGGAUAAUAUGAUAAAGGAACACGAGACAGAGAGCAGUUUGGAAAAUGGUAACGCCGAACCGGGAGCUGAGGUGGUUCACUCGUUCUCCAACGAAGCUUGCACCUCCGAAUGA